AUGCCUGAAUCUUCAGCCCCUGCAGCACUCAGGCCAGGUCACCCAAGUCCAGCCCCAUCUGGCCAGCCCAACACCACCAGUGAAGAGAGCCAGCUCCUGGAGCCAGGGGAGCGACUCCAGGUCCGCCUGAUGAAUGGGAGCAGCCGCUGCAACGGGACGGCGGAGGUCUGGUUCCGGCAGUCCUGGGAGCCCGCGUGCGGGGCACUCUGGGACCUCCGCGCCUCCGAGGCUGUGUGCCGCUCGCUGGGCUGCGGCCGGGCGGAGCCGCUGGAACAGCCCGUCCCGCCGACUCCGGCGCUGCCGACUGGUGCAGCCGCGGGAAACGCCAGCUGGGCCCCGAAUACCACGUGGGCCCUAGCGCCCACCGUCCAGUGCAGCGGCCCCGAAUGGCAGCUCUGCAAGGUGGUGGAGCACGCGUGCAGCAGCGACGAGAGGCCGGUCCAGGUCACCUGUGCAGAAAACCUCGAUUUGAAAUUGGUGGGUGGUGGCAGCCCGUGCGAGGGCCGCGUGGAGAUGCUGGAGCACGGACAGUGGGGUUCGGUGUGUGACGACACGUGGGACCUGGACGAUGCCCACGUGGUGUGCCGGCAACUGAGCUGUGGCUGGGCGGUCCAGGCCCUGCCCGGCUUGCACUUUGCGCCUGGCCAAGGACGCAUCCACCGGGACCAAGUGAACUGUUCCGGGUCGGAGACCUACCUGUGGGACUGCCUGGGGCUGCCGGGAAAUGGCUACUGUGGCCACAAGGAGGACGCCGGCGUGGUGUGCUCAGAGCACCAGUCCUGGCGCCUGACCGGGGGCGCUGACCCCUGCGAGGGCCAGGUGGAGGUGUACUUUCGAGGGGUCUGGAACACAGUGUGUGACAGUACGUGGUACGAACCAGAGGCCAACGUGCUCUGCCGGGACUUGGGCUGUGGGACUCUGGCCCGGGUGCCCAAGGGGCUGCCGCACUCCCUGUCGGGCAAGAUGUACUACUCAUGCGAGGGAGGGGAGCCCACGCUCUCCGAGUGCUUCUGGCGGUUCAAUAACUCCAACCUCUGCAGACAAUCACAGGCAGCCAGGGUCCUCUGCUCAGGUGCCCGGAGCCUGCUCAAUCUGUCCACUUCUGAAAUCCCUGCAACUGGUCAGCCGGUCACUGUGGAAUCUUCUGUGACGGUGAAAAUGAAGGACUGGGAAUCUCGAGAGCUAAUGCUUCUCAUCCCUUGCAUCGUUCUGGGAAUUCUCCUUCUUGUCUCACUCAGUUUCAUAGCCAUCAUCCUCUUGAGAAUUAAAGGAAAAUACGCCCUCCCCGCUAUGGUGAAACACCAGCACCUACCCACCACCACCCCAGCGGGGACCACAAGCUAUCAAGAGGUUCCCAUCACCAUCGCCAAAGAAGAAAUUCCCAAGCUGCCCAUCCAGGUCCAGGCUCCGCCCCCUGAAGACUCGAACUCCAGCUCGGACUCAGACUAUGAGCACUAUGACUUCAGCAGCCAGCCUCCCGUGGCCCUGACCACCUUCUACAAUUCCCAGCGGCACCGCUUCACAGAUGAAGAGGUCCGGCAGAACAGGUUCCAGAUGCCCCCCUUGGAGGAAGGCCCAGGACUCGAAGAGGUGCAUGCCUCCCGGGUCCCACCUGCCAACCCUGAACACUGCAUUGCAGACCCCCGCUCCACGGGCCCUCAGCGCCACCCAAGGAGCAAGGGCGGCUCCAGCACAUCUUCAGGGGAGGGGUGCUGUAAUAGCCCUGGCAGCAGGCUGCCUCCGUGGAACUCUCAAGUGUUUUCUUCAGAGAGGAAGCCCCUGCUGGGGCAGCCCCUGAACUUGGAGCUGGCUGGCUCCCAGGCAACUUUUCCAGGGCCUUCGGCCGAUGACAGCUCCAGCACCUCCUCCGGAGAGUGGUACCAGAACUUCCAGCCGCCGCCCCAGCUCCCAUCUGCUGAGCAGUUUGGAUGUCCAGGGUCCCUCACUCCCCAGCCUGACUCCUCCUCCAAUGAAGACUAUGAUGACAUUGGAGCAGCCUAGCCUGGGCCCGGCGCGGCUCCUCCCCCUGCCCUCCCCCCACCCUCCCCCUCAUGCCCCAGGAGCUGAGAGUCCUCCCCUGGAGACGUGAAAGGAACCUCCACACCUAGUAUGGCCCAGCCGCCAUCCAUCAACAGGACCUGCCAGCACAGCCCUCCCCCAGCCCCAAACAGCAGCCCCGAGGAAGAGGUGCUGCCUCUGAAAGGGCCCGAGCUGUCUGCCUCAGGGGUGAACCGGCAGAGUCUAGGCCACUGCUCGGCAGCCCGCGUGGAAGGUUUGAACUGGGAGAUUCCUGAGGCCCCUUCCGACCCUCAUGUGUCUGAGGCUUUGGUUGCCUGAGUCUCUGACAGCUCAGGGCCCAGAGGAGCUCUGCGAGGGGCAGGGAGGCCCCAUGUGCAGGGGCCGUUGGACUGCUGUUGGUCUGACAGGUGGGUGCUAGGGCUGGCUAGGGGGAGCCGCCAGCUGACCCAGGCUAAGCUCAGGUUGGUACCUGCACCCAGCAGGGAGUCCAGCCUUCCUGGGCACAGCCCAGGAUGGGACAGGGAGCUGGAUGGCUACCCCCCCUCGACCACCCGGGGCCGGAGGCCAGCCCUGCCUCUAGAGAGCCUCGGAGCCCACCAGAGACACAGCCCUGAUCUGCAGUGACCAUUCCCGGGCAGCAAUCCUUAUUCUGAGCUUCCAAAGAUUUACAAGGAUGGUCCCAUCCAGCCCCGCCAGAGACCCAGAGUGGGGCUCCGUCCCCGUGGGGCAGAAGCACAGAGAUGUCUUCCAGGAGGGGCCCAGAGGCUGCACUAAGCCCCGAGUCCCCAGCUGUCUGCUUGGAUGGAUGGGCUCCUCCCCGAUGAACACAUAAAUAUCAGUGUCACUCCUAGAGCCAUAAACGUGUCCCAGGCAGCCUCCAGGGAGAGGCCUGAGGGCUCAGGGCCAGCUUCUGGUG